AUGCCGGCAGACAUCAGCAAGUGGACCGGGCCGCUGAGUCUCCAGGAGGUGGAUGAGCGGCCCCAGCACCCUCUGAGGGUCACCUACGCUGCUGGGGUGGAGGUGGAUGAGCUGGGCCAAGUGCUGACGCCCACCCAGGUUAAGAACAGACCCAGCAGCAUCUCAUGGGAUGGCCUUGACCCAGGGAAACUCUACACGUUGGUCCUCAUAGACCCGGAUGCUCCCAGCAGAAAAGAGCCCAAGUUCAGGGAGUGGCACCAUUUUCUGGUGGUCAACAUGAAAGGCAACGACAUCAGCAGUGGCAAGGUCCUCUCAGAUUACGUAGGUUCCGGGCCUCCCAGUGGCACUGGCCUCCAUCGUUACGUCUGGCUGGUGUACGAGCAGGAAAAGCCACUGAAGUGUGACGAGCCAAUUCUCAGCAACAGGUCAGGAGACAACCGUGGCAAAUUCAAGGUGGCCGCCUUCCGCAAGAAGUAUCACCUCGGAGCCCCGGUAGCCGGCACGUGUUACCAGGCAGAAUGGGACGACUAUGUGCCCAAGCUGUACAAGCAGCUGUCUGGGAAAUAG